AUGGAUAAUAAUGAUUUUAAUUUUUAUUCACCCAAAGAAAUCAGUAGUCUUGAAGGUCGUGGUAGAGGAAACGAUAAUAGUAGAGGCAAAGAUAGUGGUGAAGCUAGAGGUAGGGUUACGGUAACAAUGGUGUUAGAGGUGGUUAGAUAA